AUGGGUCACAAAUGUUCAUCGUUUUUCAGACCAUCUGUGACUGUAAAUGGGAAAAAAUACAGAGUGGUUAAAGAUCUCGGAGAGGGAGGUAAGCUCUUUCACAGUCUUUACUCAUGACAUGACAUGUCGAUCGAUCUGUCAUGUGGUGGCUUAAAAUAUUUUUGCCUUUGUGAUCCCUUUACCUUAUUAAUUGUUGUUUUUCUUUUGCCUUGAAAAUCCCGGUGAAUCUCUACAACUACUUGAAGCUAGUUGUUUUUAUUAAAAUUCAACAGAAAGGAGUAAAAUUAUUAAAAAGAGAAUGCACGAAACUUUGUCUUAAAUUGAGCUCAAAUUAUGUAACAUGCAGUUGUUGUUGAUCUUCUCAUUGGAGGAAGCUUUGGAUAGUUAAGAAGAAGAGACCAAGAAAAAAACUACUUUUAAUUAUUUGUGUAUUUUAUGCUAUGAAAAUUCUUUUGUACGGUCACUAUGCUCUCUAUUUCAAUUAACUGACUCGACUGCUGAUAUUUGAACAGUAUUGAAGUCAGUCGAUCACCAAGAAUUAAUUCCCAACUUGUAUUAAAAUUAUCUUAUUAAUAAAAUUUAUAAAAUAUUUUGUUUUAGCUUUUUCUUAUGUUAACCUUGUCUACCGUGGAAAGGAAUGGUUUGCCUUGGUAAGUAUAUUCGCCACGUUAAAACUACUGCAAAAUUAUAGAAGGUGGGCAGAAAUUUGCAUGGUUGCAAAAAUUAUCAUGCAUAAUCUUUUAUUAAGUUUCUCAAUAUUAUAGUUGGCACUUUUUAUUAUCGGACGGUAUAUUUUAUUACUAAACAGAAUAGGGGUGUUUUUAUAAUGAAGAAAAAACAAGUGCUCAACUGCUGUUGGACAUUAAACCGAAAAGCCGCUAAUUUUUAACAGCAGACACCAAAAAACUUAUAUCAAAAACUGAAAAAAAAAGUAAUGAUGAUAAUAAUAAUAACAACAAAGAAAGCCCAGUUACCCCCUUUCAUAUGUACAGGUUGUAUAUGUACAGGUAGGCCUUUCAGCACAUCAAAACAUGACUUUAUGUAUAACUGAUGGGUUAACUGAUCUUACAAGGCCUUUAACAGUGCAAAGUUUGCACUUGGUAUUUUAAAUUAACUUUUUUGUUCUCUCUUUCAAAUUUUUUUCCUGCCAAAAUUUAAUUAUAAGAAAAAUAAGAGUGUAAUGCAACCCCUGUUAGUAAUGAAUCAGUCAAUUUCAGCUGCGCCCAGACUCCCCCUCCCCCCCCCACCCCCCGGCUGACCCCCGGGCAUAAGCAUUUUUUUUUUGCCUUGGAUGGAAAAUUCCCCGGGGGUGAGGAUGCUUGAGCUGUCAAAUUCCCCGGGGUUGGGACGAAAAAAGAGGGCAAAUGCCCCAGCCUCCGUCAACACUGCAACAUUUUUCAUUGAUUGCACAGUCAAAUAGUGCUGUUUUAAAUAUUUUAAUGUGCGAUUUUUUGUUUCAAGUAACGUCUUCCUUUGUUAUAGUGCUAGUAUUUUGAAAUUAAGACUUCAUGCUGUGAUGGCAUGUACCAGUAAGUUUAUGCUUUUAGUACUGAUAUAAAAUUAUUGACAAUAGAAUUAAUAGAGCGCUGUAAAGUUAUGUUGUGAAUAUGUUAUAAAUAUGAAAGGAUGUUCUUCAAGUAAUAUCAACAGAAAUUAGAUUCACUAACCAAAAAACGUUGAUUCACAUCAAUAACUCCCAAGUUUCGCUAUGUAAUUCUGGCUUGUCGAUAAGCAAUCAAGAAAUGCAAGCAUAAAAUCAAGAACAUGCCUUUACAACCCCCUGUCCUUGACAGAUAAGCCAAUCUGCUUUUUUUCCAGUAAUAUCCCCUGUGUAGUUAUAUUCUAAUAAGAAACCAUGUGCAUGUCAAAAACUCAGGAAUAGGCCCGGGGUUGGCAAAAUUUGCAAAUGCCCCACCCCCGGGACUGAUGAGGCUGGCAAAUGCCUUGUAGUUGCCCGGGGGCUGGAUGCAGCUGGAAUUGACUGAUGCAUAAUGUCUGGGAAUCAGCACUGAUAUUCUUGUUCUGGGCCCUAACAGACUCCAGAAAUUACAUAUUUUACCAGAAAUGUGUUUGGAAUUUCCCUUUAACCAGAGUGGGAAAUUGACAAUGACUUUUCACUGGCCAAUCAUGGCACAUACUCAGAAUUGAACUAGGAUUUUGGCACUGUUUCACAGAGGGAAGUUUAGUUCCAUCUGCAUGUAGCACAGGCUAUAUGAAAGAUAGACCUUACAACUGUUGCUCAUAACAUUCAGGUGGACAGUCAUCAACCAUUUCCGUGUGCUUCUCAAAACACCAGACGUGCAGUUCAAAAAUUCAUUGGACUUGUUGUGACAUUUUUAAUUGACAUACUCUUAAACCAUUUGAGCUGCAAAUUGUAUAUUAGAGUAGAAUAACUUGUAUUGUAAAACCUCACAAUUAAUUGGCUCAUUAAAUUGGUUAUAUAAAGGGCCAGACAUUAAGAAACAAAGAGAAAAGAAGGUAAGGAGAACCACCACCACCCUGUUUGUAACGUGACUAACAAACUCUUCAACAAAUAUCGACCGCUCUUAACUUGGUAAUUUACAAAGUUGUCUUUUUCUUUAUUUUUAAGCUCUCACAAGUGACUAUUCAAAGGUUAAUAAUUAUAUCAUAUUUAGGCAAUGUGCUCAACAAAAGUUCAUAUAAUCAUAAGUUACUUGAGUGCAUAAUUCAACUAAACAUUUGCUCUAUUUUUGUUUAGAAAAGAAUGCGUUUACAGCUCCCUGAGCAAGAAGAGGUACAUACUGUACAUAUUAUUUUGAUGAAUCUUACAUGCAAUCUUUCAGUUCUAAAAAGCCAAGAUAGUGACCAAAUUAGUCACCAGCGUUUUACUAUUAUUUACAUCUCUUCCUGCAGAGCCCAAGCACGAGCUAACCUACAUGUGCCCCGGCUAUACCCCUCUCUUAUAAGCUCAUCAACAUGGAAACAAUAAUAUUAUCUUAUGGAAACAAUAAUAUUAUCUUUCCCCUGCCAAGCCCAUCCAAAACCCCUUGACACUGCACACACUUGCCUUUUUGUUAUUUGGGGCUUAUUAACUAGAAUUUUGUUGUAUUUUAGGUAUAAGCUGUAGGAUUACAGUUGACAUAUAAUUCUGACAGUACUCUCCAUUUUAUGUAUGACUGAAGCUCUUUAGACAAUAAGUGUGUGAUAGUAAUAAACAAUUAACAAAUAUUACAAAUCCUGUAAAAAGGUUGCAUUUCAUUGAUUCAAGUCCAUCACUGCAAGUGAUUCAGAUCAAUGCACUGGUGUAUAAAAUUAACACACACUGAAUAGAACAAUUUUGAUAAUAUUAUAUUCAAUUUAUUCAUACUUGGCUAUGAGGCUUGGGGGAAUUUAAACAAAAGAAAUGUAUUGUUCAUUUCUGAGCCUCAAGAUGAUUUCUUUUGCUUUAUUCCCCCAAGCCUGCCAAGUAUGAAUUUUAAUUCAUUGAAAUGGUCUAUUUAUUUUUGUUUUAGGCAUUUGAACGUGAGAUUGAGGCCCACAGAGCAGUUGAUCACCCAAGCGUCCUGGCCUUACAUGAUGUGGAUGUGGUUUCCAAGGGAACAUUUAAAGAAGCUCGCAUGCUUGUCACUUACUAUAAGGUAAACUUAGAGGCCUUGCAAUAGUCAGCUUUCAACAUAUAAUUUCCUUUUAAAGACUUUCAGGUACUGGUGUAUCUCCUUGUAUAAUUUGUUACGGGUCAAAAUUAAAUUCAGGUUAAAUUUUUUUAACCUGGGUUAAUUCUCAAUUUCCUUUGUCUCGUGGCCCUAAUUAUUCAUGAAUUAAGGCUGGUUAAAAAAUUUUAACCCAAACAUAAUUUUGACCUGUAACAUAUACAUUAGUGCCUGCUGCAUUUGAGCACUUGCAGUGAUUUUGAUGUCAGCCCAAAAGGAGUUAAGGUUCCUAUGGAAUUGUGGGAUUGCUUAAUUGAGGGGUAAUGAGAGGCGGGGGGUGGGUGCAUUGGCCCCAAUGCGGGGCUGUUGUGUCUACUAGCCUUUUUUGCAGAAUUGAUCCAACCCUGGGCCCAUUUGUUCGAAGGCUGAUUAGUGCUAACCUAGGGUUAAAUUUUAACCCGGGUUUCUUUCUCUUUUGCUCUAAAACAUUUUCCCAGAUAAGAUAAUUUUCUCUCUUCUUUUUCUGCAUCCAAUCAUCAACUUGUUGACAAAAAGAAUUAAACUACAUUUACUCUUUAAGCUUUCAUAUCUGAACUCAAAUUUCGCACUCACCCUGGGUUAUCUUAACCCAGCUUUGAACAACCCAGCCCUGGUUAGUAGCGUAUGGGAAGUAAGUCCAAUAUCCUUGUUCUGAGCUCCCAGUGGGCUUAACAAAUAAUUACCAGAAUGUAUUUUGAAUUUCCCUUCAAGAGGGUUGACAAAUCAAUGGCAUUUCAAAAACCCUUCAAGUCCCAAGAGUGACUGACCAAUAUCAAUAUUCUCCUCACAAUAUCAAUACAAAAUCAAGAGAAAAGGUUAGGAGAAUCAAUAAAAUGAUCACCUAAGGGAAAAUGCUUUGAUCUUUGAACAAAUUCUCUCAACUAAUUCCGUAAGGAAAUGUAUGGAGUUCAGUUUGGAGGAUCAUUCUGUAUGUGGAUAUUAAGGCUUAAAGGCUUUAACAGGCCAAUCAUCCUAAAAAAUCCUAGUACACAGCAGGUGGAGGCCUAGAACCAGGAUUUCAGCACUUUUUCGCAGAUAGAUUUAAUGAGAAGUUUAGUUCUGUCUGUGGUGCAGGGUAGUGUCUAUUUCUGUAACUACCCAUUAUUUUGUCACAGUAAUAACUUUUCUUCAACUGGCGUUUAUCAUUCUUGCCAACAUAUUAUUUUUGUUACAAUCAAUUUAUUUUAGGAUGGAACAGUUCAAGACUUGAUUGAACGAACAGCAAGAGAAGGUGGCCACAUCCCAGAGUUAGAUAUCCUUCAUAUGUUCAAGUCACUAUGUGAUGCAAUACUAGCAUUUCAUAGUUUAGAUCCUCCACUAGCUCAUAGAGAUAUCAAGGUAUGCAUUGUAAACCUGGAUUAUUCAAAUUUUUAUCUUUGCUGUAUCAAGGAAAGGUUGUAUAUGUUACAGGUCAAAAUUAAAUUCAAAGGCUAAAAUUUUUUAACCUUGGUUGAUUCUCAAUUUACUUUGUCUCCUACAGAUGUAGGCCAUAUUAUUCAUGAAUUAGGGCUAGGAGAGAAAGGGAAUCGAGAAUCAAUGGUUAAAAAAAAUUAACUUGAAUUUAAUUUUGACAAGUAAUGUGAUAACAUAUUUUAGUAAAAUCCAACUAGUGGUCUAUUAUUAUAGGCUGCAUUCUGAUUGGCUGAGCUACUACUAGGCUAUAUGUUAUAGCCCACUAGUAGCGAAAAGCACUGGCUUUGAAAACCAAGACAAUGCGUUUUGCUAGCUAAAGUUGUUUUGUCUCGAUAUUUUUGACCAACUAGUUGGAUUUUACUAAAACAAUUAUUCCUCUCGCCCUCAUGGCCUCUGAGUCAAUUAGCCCAUUCGGCCUUCGGCCUCAUGGGCUAUUGAGUCAGAGCCCAUUCGGGCUCAAGGAAUAAUUGUUAAUUAAUCAAUGGGUGCUUUUUCUCUAACUAAAGCUACAUGUACUACUAAGGCCAAUUAAGUAUAAAUUAAUAAUAAGAAUUGCAGACCAGUUUUUCAUAGUUGCAAAAAGGUUAGAAAGUAAAGAUAAAGUCCAAAAAAAAUGGUAGAAAGGCUGGAGUUUUUUUUUUCGUCUUUUUUUAACUGCCAUAAGUGCGUCACUCCUUUUUCUUUGGUAGUCAUAUCUUUUCUAAUCUUGUCUGUAGCCAAAACAUUUUAAUCACAGAAUGAAAAGUUUCAGAACUCUCUUCUGUCUCUCCUAUUUCUUUCAUGGGAACAGCUUUGUUCCUGCAUUUGUCAAGGCAGGCAAGGUUUCUUUUGAUCCUUUAUUUGAUAACCUUGAGACUUUUAAAAUUAUUUUCUUGGGAAAAGUCUGAAAAAAAAAUUCUGUAUGACCCCACUUUGCCUGUGGGAAGAAUGACCGUAUAAAGACUUACAGUUUUUGGUUGCAACUUGUGAGUUCCAGACAGUUGAGUAUACGAACCAGUGCAAGUGGGCAAAAGGUCAAUCGGAUCUCAUAGUGAAGAGGCCUAACCUAUAUAUAUUGUGGCAUGUUUUCCCCUAGAAUUAUUUGCAUAGUAUUGAUACGUUCUUGUUAUGAAUAUUGUCUUCUUUCUGUUUACUUUGGAAGCCUCAUAAUUUAUUGAUUGACGCUGAUAAUUCUGUGGUAUUGAUGGAUCUUGGUAGUGUGUCACAAGCCCGGUGCACCAUAACAUCUAGGUAAACGAUUUUUCUUCUUCUGAUAGUAGGCAGUUGUAAAGAUUUGUGUUGAACAAAAUAAUUUUCUUCAAUUGACACAAAUUCUUUAGUUUUUAUGUAGGCAAAGUACAUGUAAUCUAAAAUGCUGUCAUAAUUUCCCAUCUAAGCCCCUUGUUUCACUCACUAGUUCUUUUUCUAAAGGCAAAAAAAGAACAAAAGUAUAGCAGAUUCACUACUCACAAAAGUUUCCCUUUUGAUUUUAAUACCUUGCUGUUGAACUAAGCAAAAGAUCACCAGCAACGGUUUACGGUCAUCUCGCCACCAACGAAUUAGAAACAGAAUUCCAUACUCCUUGAAAACACAGCUUCGACUUUAUGUAUUUUUUCUCGUAGAAGAGAAGCUCUUGCACUUCAAGAGAAAUGUGCUCAAGAAUGCACGGCAGCUUACAGGUUGGUCUUUUUUUAGGUUGUUUGUCAGAAUGUUCUAUUCACUGUAGAACUAACUACAAAAAAAAAUGUUAACUGUAAGCCAUGUUGAUAUACAACAGUCACUAGCUAAGCUUCCAGUUUUUCAGGUCAGAAUAUACCGGCUCCUUAGCUUGUAUGUUUUAUUUUCCCAAUGUCCAUGUAAGUCAUGUGAUAAUACUUUAGAGAACUGUUUCAACUGUUUCAUUCAAAUUUCGUCUCAUUCCUUUGCAUAUUUGUACGCGUAAUUUGUGAAAAGACAAAGGGGCCCUUUACUUGGAAAAAAGAAAACAACAACUUAAGAGGUGUAGUCUCGACAGACUAUAUGCUCAUAACUUCUACGCAAAGCCUGGAAAAGAUUCAACUGUUCCUUGGUCGUUGUAAAGACCGCUUCAUGAUACAAGCCUGCUCCUUUACUGUUUUUCUCUUACCAGGGCACUGGUUAUCUGACCUCACGUUUACAUGCCAUGCCUUCCAUGACUCUCCGACAAAACCGUAAAAUCCAACCUUAAAUUGCAGCACUUUAUGUGAUUUACUUGAACAGUAUCAUAUAACUAUUGUCUUGUAGGGCUCCAGAGCUUUUUGAAGUGCCAUCACACUGUGAAAUUGAUGAGAGAAGUGAUGUGUGGUCACUAGGUUGCACUCUGUACGCCAUGGCUUAUGGUGAGUCACAUUUUUUCAAGACUUCACAUUCCGUUUCAGUUUACUCAAAAGAGCGUCUCCUUGAAUAAUCUGGCCGAGUUCCAUCAACAGUGCAGCACAUAUUGAUCUAGUCAUUUUUUUACAGUACUGAUACAUGUAUAGAAAACUAUUGUAAUUAAAGAUUAUGUUCAGAAUCAAGUUUAUUACCAGUGAGCAAAAGAAACUCGUGUCCGAUAGCCCGGGGCUAGUGGAUUUUGCUAUCGGGCUAGUGAGUUUUGUUCUUAACUUGCCCGACUACAGAAGGAUUGUAAUCAAUCCUGCUAAUCAAAAAGGGUUUUGGGGCUAGUUGAAAUGACGUGUGGGCUAGUACAUGCUAACUACAGCUUGCCCGAAUGGCGGGCUGUAAAACUGACUUUCUUUGCACCCUGAUUACUAUUAGUAGUUAGUUCUCAGUUACAUGUUAUUUACUAAAUGUGUUAAAAACCCAUCUGCUACCUGUAAAAAGUUAAGUACAAUUAGGGAAUUUCUCCAGAAAAGCUCAAGGGAGCUUGCCGAGAUCCCUGGCCAGUGUAAUUAAUUUUAAGAUGUAUAGCAGAGUUAUUUCUUGUUACUCUAAAUGUUAUGGUAAAUCAAACUUGAUACAAUAAAGUUUCCUUGUUACAGUUGAAUAUUAAAAAGGGGAGAUACACCUCUUUAGGUUACUUUUGUUAUGUCCUCCGCCUUAUGCAGUUCAGUAUCGUUUUGAGAAAAGAAAGAAAAGUAAUUAAAAGACCUAAGUUGUACAUUUAUUCGCAAAUGGGAAGUUUUAUACAGUCAAAUUCCUUUUUUUAGCAGAGACUGUAGGGACCUUGAGUUAGUGUCCUCAUUAGCGAGAGUCCGUAAUAGCGGGUGUUUAUUUCAGUCAAACGUCUGUAAAUUAUUUUUGCUUGGGAUUUAGCUGCUGUCCGUAUUAUCGGAGUGUCCGUUAUAGCGGGGUUAAACCGCAAGGCGAAUGUUGAUUGUACAGGUAUAUUGCCCUAACACGCUCAUCGUGUGUGUAACUUAGAGAAAUAUCCCUUUACACUGUAAGUGGUAUUAAAUUAUUGAAAGAAGCAAGCAUCAAUUUCGAAAGUCCUUAGACGACUGUCCUUGUUUGUCGGUUGCUCUUUGCAAAUUAGAGAGAAGUUUGAGUCUUAUCAAACUGGUGUAACUGAGAUGAAUUUUUUUUUUUAUAUCAUGUGCUAGGUCAAAGCCCUUGUGAUGGCUCAGCGCUUUCAGCAAACAGCGGAAAUAUUCACAUACCAGAUGACAGGUAGGUAAAAAAAGCUUGACUUCAGUAAAGGAUUUACGGUCAUUUCGCCUACGAGUCAUUUGGCCAACGUCCUGGUCGUUAACGUGUCAAGUCGUUUCGCUAAUGUGUUAGUUGAGUUCCCUUACUUCUUUCGCCUGAUCUCUGACUCUGAUCUCUGUACUUGAUAUACAAAUGUCUGUCGUACGUUUUCGUGACAUGGCUGAAAGAACGAGGCAUAUACAUAUGCAGCGCUCGUUUCGUUUCUUAAGCGAGAUGACAAAAGACGUUGACGAACGGGACUUUAGCGAAACGACUCGUAGGCGAAACGACCGGCUUCAGUAAAGUGGACUUGUCAAGUGAAUGCAUAGAGAACACCGUUACUGGUGCCUGUUAUAUCACAGGGUGCCCAAGAUUUUUCCGGAUUGACACCCGCUCUCAGGUUUAUUUCACUCAGGGUAUUCGGAUUCACAGGCGUUUACACUCACCAGUGAAAAUGAUAAAAUUCAUUCGAUGCACAGUUAUACCGAUUACAUUCCGGGUUCAGAAUCUCCAGACUCCGGGACUUUUUAUUUCGUUUUCACUCAUCUGCAUGAAAACGGCAAGAACCCUGUGACAAAGUGUUCCAGAUUUAUCAUGAAAAAUUCCUGUAGCCUUUAACGUAGCCUAAGAAGUAGACUGCAAAACAGUCAGCUGUUUAGCAGUCUACUUAAGAAGAAAUUCGAGAAUUCAGUUUCGGAAGUCACUCCUUUCUAAAGGCCGCUAAAUCUCACAAAAAAAUAAUAAUAAUUUAAAGUGAAUUAUCAGCCCUGACCACCAUUGAAAGUCUCCAGUAGUGAUGUCAUAGAGCCUUUUCAUAUGACGUCACUUCCGCCAUGUUGUCCCAAAACAAUAAAAUGGGGCCGUGUUGGCUGCUGGCCCCUCGAGUGAAAACACUCUAUAGAUAGUGAGUAAGUAUUACUGCUUUUUGGAACUGUUUUCAGUGGUUAUUCAAUGGAGCUGAAUGGCUUGAUCAUGAGUAUGCUUAAAGUGGAUCCUCAGGAAAGGCCAACCCUGGAAACCAUCAUGCGAAGGUUGAACAACUUGGCACCCUCAUCGUCAAUCCUUCAGUAUGAUACUGCUGCAGGGAACCCCUCCAUACAAUUGUAAUAGGCCAAAUUACGGUUAUAUGCUAAGUAACCUUGCCUUUGAGUGGAACUGAGGCUGAAGGUGACAUUGUUUUGAUAAGCACCUCAGUGUCAUUCAUGUGUACAACAGCAAGAUUUACAUUUGAAAUGAAUGGUUUUUAUUAAAACGAGGUCAACUCCAGGCUCGCUUAAACUUAAAAGGCCAGGAUACACGGUACACAACUGUAAAGUGGUCUAUUGAUAUAGUUACCGUUGAUGAUCGUUUUGCUUCAAAUAGAACGAACGCUGUUAUAGUGACUUGAUGUAAGUAUAAUUAAGAGCCCCAGAGUGUCAGCAAUGUCUUGUUUUUCCUAAAAAUACGUGCAAACCUCAAAGUUUGAUUACCUCUCAUAACCUCUGAUGAAAGGGCGUUAUAUGAGAUGCAGUUAACUUUGAAAUCUUUUUGCGAUAGCAAUUUCGCAGUUUCUCAGAUAUUGUUUGCGACGAGCUGCACAAGUUAACCAUAGUUCUUAGAUUUGUUUUUAAGGUGACGUAGAAAAAAAUGUAACAGUGACGCCACAAAGAUUCGCCCAAUAGCUUGUAGCUCUUAUAUCCGAGCCCCUCUUACAAACAACGACCAAAACGUAUCAUUUUGAUUGGACGCUUGAGAGUUUUGCCCAUAGUUAGUUCCAGUGAAAUAGCCAGCAGACUGCAAGUAACAUGAAUUUUGACGGGGUCGCAAAAUAAAGGAGCCACGGAUACAAGCCUGCUUUAAAGUAAAAGCGAAGGCUAAAAAAUAUCCUCAGAAUAUACUGAAAGUAUUAGUGAGCUACA